UUUCACAUUCGCUUAAUUUAAUUAGUUGUGUGAGAAGAUUUCAAGCAGAAACAUCGAAAUGUCGUUCGUCAAAGUCUUGAUUUUUGUGUCGUGUGCUGUGAUUGUUAGUGGUAAUCCAACGCCGUUUUUUGAUGAAGACCGGCUCUCAGACAUUGGUAUGCAUCCGCAUAUGCAUCAAAAAUCUCACGAAAGCCACAAAAAGAUCAAAAGAAGCUUCCAAAUUGAUCAAGCUGAGUUCACAAACGCUUACUGGAUCAACAAAGCAAAAGAUACAGUUGACACUAAAGUAAAGACAAAUGUGAACACAAAGAAAGCUAAGAAUGUGAUAAUGUUCUUAGGUGAUGGAUUUGGACAUACUACAAUUGCUGCCACCAGAGUUUAUCAAUCAGGUGAAUCAUCAAAACUAUCAUUCGAAAGCUUCCCAAACACUGCUUCAUCGAAAACUUACUGUGUUAAUAGAGGCGUACCUGAUUCUGCCUGCAGUGGAACUGCCUUCUUGCAUGGAGUAAAGACAAAUAAUGGAGUUAUUGGACUUAAUGCAGCUGCAACCAGAGGAAAUUGUGAUGACACGAAUAAUGAGGAGAUUUAUACAGAUUCAAUAGCUUCAUUGUUCCUUAAAGAUGGACGGAAUGCAGGAAUUGUCACAACAACUAAAAUAACUGAUGCGACUCCAGCAGCUGCAUAUGCGAACAUUGCAGAACGUAAUUGGGAAGAUAAUUCAGGUGUCCUUAGAAGUAGAUGUAAUGAUUCAGAGAUUUAUGAUAUUGCUGAGCAGCUUAUUGCAGGUUCUGUUGGAAAAGCCUUGAAAGUUAUUCUAGGUGGUGGAUCCAGAUUCUUCAUUAAUGCUACAGAAACUGAGCAUGGAGCGCAAGGAACUAGAACAGAUGGAAAGAAUUUAAUCCAAGAGUGGCUCAAUACUAAUUCAGAUAGAACUUUUGUGAAAAGUCGAAAGGAAUUGAUGGACAUAGAUGUUAAAAAAGUUGACCAGCUUUUCGGGCUCUUCAGCACAGACAACAUGCCAUUCAGAUUAGAAACUAUUGAAAAGAAAGAAGAAUCAAUAUAUCCUUCAUUAACAGAAAUGACAAUGAAAGCUCUUGAUGUCCUUGAAGAAGAAGAUGAUGGAUACUUCCUGCUUGUAGAAGGAGGUAGAAUUGAUCAUGGACAUCAUGGGAAUCAAGCUAAAUUCGCAAUUGAAGAAGCUCUAGAAUUUUCUAAAGCUAUUCAAGCUACUGUCGAUAGAGUCAAUCUUGAUGAAACUUUGAUUGUCGUCACUGCUGAUCAUAGUCAUGUGAUGACUGUUUCUGGAUAUUCACCAAGAGGAACUGACAUUUUUUCGGCAACAAAUAGUGGAGAUGAUGGUACGCCAUAUUUCACGAUUUCCUAUGCAAAUGGACCUGGAUUCGCAACUCACUUCAAUUCAACAUCCGGCCAGCGAGUGAAUUCUCAAAAUCUCGACACAACACCAAUUAACUUCCGAUUUCCAGCAACAGUUCCUUUAAAAUCAGAAACACACUCUGGAGAAGAUGUUGCACUAUUUGCAGUCGGCCCAAAUGCUCACAUAUUUAGAGGAGCUUUAGAGCAGAAUCUUAUCGCUCAUAUCAUGGCGUACGCCAGUUGUGUGGGUGAUGGCUUGACAGUCUGCAAAUAAUUGAUUAGCUUUAAAUUUAAUUGACUGUUUUAUUUUAAGAAUUAAAUUAUUUUUAUCGACAAAUUC